AUGGCGACAGUAAACUUCCGACAACCCUCGGUCACAUUUUCGUUUGAGUCGAGCUUGCGUCCAGGGAGGGAUACAAGAACGAUGAUAAUAGAAAUUGUUUUGAAACACAAACACAGGGUUUUCUUGAGAGAUUCGCGGCGGGGUGAGAUUGUUGAUUCCUAUGAGAGAAACACCGAUUCCAGCGUUUCUUUUCCUUUGCCCAUUGAUUCUGUUGUUGGGUUGUCCUUUUUCCACUUCACGCCUUUCAGGGCCCAAGUUUUUGAGCGGAUGCCGGGAUUGGCUCCCUCCAUAGCCGGCGAGCUUUCCCGACAAAUGUUCCAUUACGCGCGACAAGUUUCACUUGCCCGUCUGGGCAACAAUGGCGAUGACGGUAUAAUAGUGGUCGCGGCUCUCGUGGAGAUUGAGGAGCCAGAAAUAGAAGAAGUUUACACUGAGACUAGUGUAGAUGAUGAUGGUGAGAUUAACGGGUUGAAGAAAGAAGAGUUCAAGAGUAGCGGUGCAGAAAAGGAAGCAUGUUGUUCCAUUUGUUUGGAAGAGUUUUCUGCGGGAGUGAAUGUUAGGCCAUUGCCAUGUUCUCACAGCUUUCACCAUAGCUGCAUUGCUAAAUGGCUUGAGAAACACGCAACCUGCCCGCUUUGCCGAAUCCACAUCACACAACCAUGCUCAUCUUGA